UUCGCCCGUCUUAUUUGCAAGACAAAAAGCUCAAGAUUCAGCGUCUUGGAAACUAAUCUUGUAAAUGAAACUCAUAAAAGUCAGAAAGUUAUAAUUUAUAUCACCACUUCCAGAUCGCCUGGACACGGGAUGUGUGGCUGCUUAGUAACAUUUCUCUUUAUGAAUGUGAUGAAAAUAAUGUUUCCUCUUGUGUUUGCCUGCUCGAGUAUUUUACGGUCUCUCCCUCCCACACACACACACACACACACACACACACACUCACACACACACACACACGACUUUCCUUUGGGCUGACUGACUGGGAUUCCCGCACCAGUAAAGAUUUUAAAAUGUCCAGACAAAGACUGCCGACCACAAAGAGUGGCCCUGUUGUUCUCCACAUGGUUACCAGAGCGGCUGCAGGAAGCUCCAGUUGUGAGGUGUUUACUGAGAGUCACAUACGUGUUACCUUGGACUCCCCUCCGCUCCCCCUAUUCAUGUGAGGAAUCUCAUUGUUGGGUCGGACAUCAUUCAAGCUGGUGUUUUAAGGCCAGAGGGAGGCUCCCACUCAUCACAGCGCUGUGGUCGUGGGAGCUGCUACGUCUCGAGCUGAGCAGACGGAGAAGAUGGCACCUGCCCGUUUGGUUCUGGCCUGGUUUCUGUUCACCGUGAGGACGGGCACCUCGGCAGAGGUUCUGCAGCCGGAGGAGGCUGAGCUCAAUGAGACGGUCGUCUGCACCAACGACCACAUGGAGGUCGUUCUUCCCGCCGCCUUCUUCCUCAACAAAGUGCCUCCAGUUUAUGUUUGGGAUUUGCAUCUGAAUGAUCCGGAGUGCCGCGGCGUGGAGGUCGGAGACGACUACGUUUUCAGCAUCAAGACGAAUCUCUCCGACUGCGGGACGAUCAUGGCCUCGGAUGACUCACACAUCCUGUUCAUUAACACGAUACACAACAACGCCUCGGAGGUCAUCACCAGAAACUACAUCAACAUCACGUUCGUCUGCAGAUACCCCGUCAACUACCUGGUACAGCAGCCUGCAGGGGAGAACAGGAUUCGGGUGGACAUCAGAACCAUCACUCUGAACACGGAGGACGGGAACUUCUCCGUGUCCAUGUUGCUGUACAAAGACGACGCGUUCGAGGACCGAUGGACCACCGUGCCAUCGCUCACGCUGGAGGACGACAUCUUUGUCAAAGUGUUCAUGAUUCCUGAUGCUCAGUUGAUGCUGCGUGUGGACAGAUGUUGGGCGACACCGAGCAGCGACCCGUACAGUAACAUUCAGUACACCUUCAUCAGAGACAGCUGCCCAGUGCUGUCUAACCAGCAGACUCUGAGCGUGCUGAAGAACGGCGAGGGCGCAGAGGCCACGUUCAGGAUACAAAUGUUCAAGUUUGUUGGCAGCUCGUACAGCAACGUCUUCCUCCACUGCAACGUCCAGAUCUGCCACAACAGCCCGGGGCUGUGCCAGCCUAACUGUUCCGCUGACGGUGAAGAUGAAUAUCUCAGGACACGGAGAGACAUCCCGCUGUCUCAUACGGUGUCUUAUGGACCAAUCAGACGACUUCUAAACGACAGUGAAGAACCCAAUCUGAAUGCGGGCGUCCUCCCUGCUGUGGAGACAUUUGUCCUCGGGGGGCUGCUGCUGGGGCUGCUGCUGGUCUCGGGGGUGUUCGGGAGGCUGUGGCUGCGCUCCAGACAUUUCUACCCGGCGAGGGAGGCGCAGCUCAUCUUGUCCAACGUCCACCACAUGUCAGAGGUGGCCUCAUGAAGCAGGGGACCUUCUGGAGAAGAGAAAGGCUGCUGAUUAUCAUCAUCAUGUAUUAAUCUGCAGAAUCUUCUGUAGAUGCAUCGUUCAAAUGUCCUUCCCAGGUUGUCAAAGUCCAAGCUGAUGUGUUUCAAUGUCUUGUUCUGUCACUUUGAUAUAAAAUGGAGAAGAGCAGCAAAUCUCGACAUGUGAGGCUGAAAACAUCGAAAGUGUUUCUGCAGCUCCGACAGGUACAGGUGUGAUUCAUAAACAGGAUCAGAGCAUGUUUCUCUUGGAAGUGUAAGAAAUCAUCUUAAUAAAAAGG